AUGACGAUGAAUGUGACGGUAGAGAUCAAGGCAGGGGAAAUGGAUAAGGGUCUGAGUUUGAUGGAGGAUUUGAAGUCGGGAGGUUUGAAUAUCAGUAGCCACACGGAAAUACCAGGAAGGGUCAAAAUAAUUGGAUUCAUCAAGAAAAGGACAGUUGAAGAGAAUUUUGACCUUCUCGAUUUAGAGCAAGCAAAAGCCGGAUUGGCUCAAUAUAAUCCUUUUGUGUUGAACAAGACUAUUGCUGAAGCCUAUGAAGCUGUUGUUGAUGUGCUUGGAGAGAGUGGUUUAAUGGUGAUUGCCGACAACCAUAUGAGUCAGCCAAUAUGGUGUUGCUCUCUUGACGAUGGCAAUGGAUUUUUUGGAGACCGCUAUUUUGACCCUCAAGAAUGGCUACAAGGUCUUAGCUUAGUUGCUCAACGCUUUUCCAAGAAACCAACGGUGGUUGGAAUGAGCCUACGAAACGAGAUACGAGGAACCAAUGAAAAUGUAAAUGAUUGGAACAAUUAUGUUACUCAAGGAGUAACAACAAUCCACAACAUUAACCCAAAUGUUUUAGUGAUUGUUUCGGGCCUAAAUUUUGAUAAUGAUCUUCGAUGCUUAAAAGAGAAGCCCUUGAACGUAAGCACCUUAGACAACAAGUUGGUUUUUGAGAGAAGGACAAACCAAUUUCCUUUGUUUGUCAUCGAAUAUGGGUACGAUCAGAGAGAGGUUAAUGAUGCAGAAAAUCGGUUCAUGAGUUGCUUCACAGCUCAUCUUGCACAAGAAGAUUUAGAUUGGGCAUUAUGGACUUGGCAAGGUAGCUAUUAUUAUAGGGAAGGUCAAGCAGAGCCGGCAGAAACUUUUGGAGUUCUCGACUCCAAUUGGACUCAAAUUAAAAAUCCUAACUUGGUCCAGAAGUUUCAACUAUUGCAGACUAUGUUGCAAGAUCCAAAUUCCAAUGCAUCGUUCUCGUAUGUUAUAUAUCAUCUACAAAGUGGCCAAUGCAUCCAAGUCUCAAAUGACAACAAAGAUAUUUUCAUGGGUAAUUGCUCCAUCUCAAGUCGAUGGACUCAUGACAAUGAUAGCACUCCAAUUAGGAUGUCAAGCACUGGUUUAUGCUUAAAGACGAGCGGAGAAGGCCUUAUGCCAUCUCUCACAACAGAUUGCUUUGGCCCUCAGAGUUCUUGGACAGCCAUUUCAAACACUAAGCUUCAUUUGGCCACCGUAACUCAAGAUGGGAAGAGUCUUUGCUUGCAGGUUGAAAGCUCUAAUUCUUCAAAAAUUGUGACAAACUCAUGUAUUUGCACUGACGGUGCUCCAAAUUGCCUCCAAGACACCCCAAGUCAAUGGUUUGAACUUGUUGAAACCAACACAUUGUGA